UAAUGAACAUUAAAAUGAUGGUGUGGAUAGAUGUCAAUAUGGAAGAAUGAAAAAAUACUCUGUAUCUCUUUUUUCUUGUUCAUAGUUAAUGUAAAUAAUAUUAGAAAAUGGAUCACGAAGAGGAAUUUCUUAAUAAUUUUUUUACUCAGGUUACACAGCUGUGUUGUGAUAAGGCAAAAGAAUUAGUUGAAAAAGAGCGAGAAUCAUGCAGGCAAACACAAAUGGGUCCAUGGGGAAUGUUGUUGAUGACUUUACCACAAAUAGCAUUUACAGAACGUUCUUAUGCAGAUCUUGGUUUUCUUCAUACAAAAAACAAAGGCUUCUUGAGAAAAGAUAAUUCUUUAAAAACUGUCUACGAGUCAUUAAAGUCAGAUCUUAGAAGGUUAGAAGAAAUGACAAGAGGAACAAACACCAUUGGUGCCAUAGUCGCAGAAGUUUCUAGUCAACUUUAUCAAUUCAUUGGGGCAAGGAUCCAGUUGAUAGAUUUUUAUGAAAAAAUGUACAGUAUGAGUAUUAACAGCAAAAUAAUGAAAUAUCAAGAGUUAUUACAAUCAAUUAAUGCAAUAGUACAAGCCCACUCUUUGUCUUGUACUCAUUUAGCAUUAACAGCUAUCAAAACUGCUUUGACUUUGGAAUGUGAAAUACUGGUUCAAUUAACAGAAGCACAUAUAGAGAUACAACACUGGAGAUUUUUACCUACGCUUAUGGCACUUUUUGGUGCCCAAACUCGAAUGUCAGCAUGGGAAAGAACUUUACAGAGUAAAGAGUCAUGGAAACUAGGAUUUGGUGCUACAUUUCUUAAGGCAAAUCAACAGCCCGCAUUGUAUCAAUGGUUAGUAAAAUUAAAAAAUGCCAUAUUAGCUAAAUGUUCUUUAUAUUUUCAUAUGACGCUGAGUCAACAAGCUACUCCAGGAGAAAUGAGAAGUAUAAUGAGUAAACAAAGUGUGGAUUAUUAUCAUAAAAUUCAAAGUUUUCAACGUAAGCAUGAUGUGGUAGCUGUUUUAAUAGUGUUUGAUUCUAGAGGAAUGAAGGAUUCAGGAGCAGGUUACAGACAUUCAGACAGAAAAUUUGAAACGUCUGAAGAGUUUUCAAUUGUUGUCAGUUGUCCAUAUGCGUUUGUUCAUAAACCAUUUAUCCAUUGGGAUAAUAUUCAAAAUAAGAUAAAAGAACGCUAUGCAGAACUUCUCACUAUGGAUAAAAUAAUUUAUGCUAAAAGCUUAAAGGAUUUAUGUACAUAUGCACUGUAUAAUAUGGAUCCCAGAAUGACUUUGAUAACUAUUUAUGAGACUGAAAAACAGAGAGAUAAAGAAAGACAUGUUUCUACAUUUAUGUCCGAUAUGAGCACGCAAAUAAAAUGCAAUAAAAUUUACGAAUCUUUAAAAUUAGCUAAAUAAGCAAAAUUAGAAUAA